GCCAUUAAACUUUCGAGGUUUUCUGUUGCGUAGCUCCGCCAUGGCAGCGAUCACUAAUCGCGCGAUUUUGGCUAAGCGCGGCGAUGGAGGCGAGUUGGAGCUGGAGCUCACCAGCAAGCCGGUGCCGGAUCCCUCGCCAGGUCGUGUGAUUGUGCGCAUUCUUCUCAGGCCGAUCAAUCCCACGGAUCUCAUCUCCAUCCGCACUGGUCGAUUCGGGCAUCCGGUCUCUACUCCGGGCUCUGAAGGAUACGGGAUCGUUCACGCGGUUGGAGAUGGUGUCACGAAAGUGAAGGUUGGACAACGCGUAGUUCCUUUCAUGUGGGAGGGACUGAAGCAAACCGGCGAUGGCUCGUGGCAAGACUACGUCUCCGUGCGAGAAGAGAUGCUCUCUUUGGUUCCCGAUUCCAUUCCCGACGAAGUAGCGGCACAGUUUGUCAUCAAUCCCUGGACCGCCAUUGGGAUGCUCAGGGACCUUGCAACUCCUCCAGGGGAAUACAUCUUGCAAACAGCAGCUGGAUCAGUGUUAGGCAGGCAAAUCAUCCAGCUCGCGAAGCACUUGGGGAUCAAGACCAUCAACGUUGUGAGACGCGAGGAGCAAAAGGAGGAACUGAGACAACUCGGAGCUGACGAAGUUAUAUGCUCCACCACCGAAGACGUUGUUGCGAGAGUGAAGGAGAUCACGGACAAAAAACUGGUCCACGGGGCUCUAGAUUGCGUUGGAGGAGAGCUAACAAAGAGUGUGGCAGCAAGCGUGAGGCGAGGGGGCACGGUUUUCGUUUACGGUGUUCUGUCCUCCAUGGAAGCAAGCAUCCGCAUCCACGAUCUGCUCCGGCAAGUUCACGUUACCGGCUGGAUCCUCGUGAAUCACUGGGAGAUCGAGCAGGAGAGAAACGCUUUCAUCAGCGAAGCAUGGAAGCUCUUGGAAUCCAAAGUCAUCCAGCCCUUUUCCGGCAAGAGAUUCCCUCUCUCCGAGUUUAAGGCUGCGAUGGAAGCCUCGGAAACAAUGGCAAGAGGUGGAAAAGUUUUCCUUGAGAGCUGAAAGACAAGUUUAAAGCUUAUGGUUAAGUGCUAAAUAAACGUUAAGUUAAGACUCUUUUCUUUUUCAAAA